AGUCCAUGGCCGCGAAGAUGGCGGUCGCUGCGUGGCUUCGGCUGGUGCCUGUCACUCUUACUCUCCUCGGCACGUUGCCGUCCCCGCUCUCUCUUCCCAGCGCGGGGCCAGGACCAGCUGCCGCCGCCGAGAGAUCCAAGUGGCAUGUCCCGGUGCACUUGGAGAAGAAGAAGUAUUUUAGUUUUGGAAAGAUCCUCUUCAACAACACUUCUAUCAUCUUGAAGUUUGAAGGAGAACCUUUGGAUCCAUCCUUGAGUUUCAAUGUGACCUGGUACUUGCGUUCCUGUAACUGUUACAAUGAAGUCUUCAACUUUGGGGAUGAACAAGCAGAAACGUAUUUUGGAAGCACUAAGGAGGAACGUCACGGUUGGCCUGGGUCCUAUGAAAUGUUACCAACCUUGUUCCAGAACUACAGUGAACUCUUUAAACCACAGAGUUUUUCUGGGGAUUUUAUGCAUCCAGUGGUACUAGCAGGAGGAAAACAAGAGGCUAGGUACAAUGGAACAAACCACACGGCUAUUGUGGAGAAGCCUUCAACGAAUGCUGCUAUUAAAACUUGGCAAGAUGGGCCAUAUAUUUUCAUUGUUCAGAUUGGAAUUUCAUCCUCAAAGGAUUCUUUGAAAGAAGCACCACAAAGUAAACUUUUUACCAUGACUGUGGAAGUGAAGGGUCCCUAUGAAUACCUCUCUCUUGCAGAAUAUCCCCUCAUGAUUUUCUUCAUGGUGAUGUGUAUCGUGUAUGUCCUGUUUGGUGUUUUGUGGCUGGCGUGGUCUGCUUGCUACUGGCGAGAUCUCCUGAGAAUUCAGUUUUGGAUUGGUGCCGUCAUCUUUCUGGGAAUGCUAGAGAAGGCAGUCUUCUAUGCAGAAUUCCAGAAUAUUCGCUACAAAGGAGAGUCUGUCCAAGGUGCCCUGAUUCUUGCAGAGCUGCUUUCAGCAGUGAAACGAUCCCUGGCUCGGACUCUGGUCAUCAUAGUCAGUCUGGGCUAUGGGAUAGUCAAGCCUCGCCUUGGAGUCACUCUUCACAAAGUCGUGGUGGCAGGAGCUCUCUAUCUCUUGUUCUCUGGCAUGGAAGGUGUCCUCAGAGUUACUGGGGCCCAGACUGACCUUGCUUCCUUGGCCUUUAUCCCCUUGGCUUUCCUAGACACUGCCCUGUGCUGGUGGAUAUUCAUCAGCCUGACUCAAACAAUGAAGCUCCUAAAACUUCGGAGGAACAUUGUGAAGCUCUCUCUGUAUCGCCAUUUCACCAACACACUCAUUUUAGCAGUUGCAGCAUCUAUCGUAUUCAUCAUCUGGACAACCAUGAAGUUCAGGCUAGUGGAUUGUCAAUCGGACUGGCAGGAGCUGUGGGUAGAUGAUGCCAUCUGGCGGUUGCUAUUCUCGAUGAUCCUGUUUGCCAUCAUGGUUCUGUGGAGACCAUCUGCAAACAACCAAAGGUUUGCCUUUUCACCAUUGUCUGAAGAAGAGGAAGAUGAUGAACAGAAAGAGCCCAUGCUGAAAGAAAGCUUUGAAGGAAUGAAAAUGAGAAGCACGAAACAAGAACCAAAUGGAAAUAGUAAAGUUAACAAACCUCAAGAAGAUGAUUUGAAAUGGGUAGAAGAAAAUGUUCCUUCUUCUGUGACAGAUGUAGCACUUCCAGCCCUUCUAGAUUCUGAUGAGGAAAGAAUGAUCACACACUUUGAAAGAUCCAAAAUGGAAUGAAGAAUGGAGUGAAUUUCAGGGCAGAGCUUGUUAGUGUCAGGGAAGAGAUUAGCAUUUGUGUCAGACUUCUGCGGCUGCUCCACUGGCUGAAAGGAGGCAGUGGCACACCCCUGAUCUGUUACUUGUGAGAGAGAGAGAGAGAGAGGCAUUGUAGCCGGGCAAGCAUCCCAUUGGGAAACAGGUCAUAGAAUAACAAAAUCCUUGUAAAAGGUUCUGAUUUACAAUUCCCCCUCUUCUACUCCAAAUCCCUGACUUGGAUGUUUAAGCAAACCACAUGUAUUGUUUCAGCUAUUUAAUUUGUCAGACUAAAAUUUUAACACCAAAGGGACAAAGUCCAUAAUAUGUAAUGCCCAGAAGCAACUGCCUAUGAUUUUAUUUAUUUUUUUGGAGAGGUGUUGGAGAAAGUUGUUAUUUAUCCUUCAGUUUUCUGGGGAGCAGAUGUUACACCUUGCAGAGCUAGUUGGGAGACAAAAAGGGCCCCUUUGAUUUAAGGCGUCCCCAGUACUAUCAGUGAUUAAAAGUACCAAAAAAUAGAAAGAUUUGAAAAUGUUAACAGUGGGAUUCAGAUCAUUUUUUAAAGCAAAAUCAAGUGCAAUUUUGUUUACAAAAUGGUGUAUAUUAAAGAUUUUUUCUAUUUCAGAUGUAAUUUAGAGAGAAAAUAUUAGCUUAACUCUUUUGAUGUCUGCUAUUGUGACACAUCCCAUUGCUGGCAAUGUGGUGCACACCUGAGAACUUUUAACUACUGCUCUGACAGCCUCUAAGUGCUGCAUUGCUAUCUCCUAUGCAAUGCUUUGUCUGCCCUGGCAUUACAGGGAUAAUAGGUGUUCCCCUGGUACUGCAGCAGGUGCAGAGGCAUUCCUUCCACCUGAGAGCAUAUGAGUAAACUUCCUGCUGGAGGGUACUGCAAUGCUUCAGAAGAGGACAACUGAUUAUAAAGGAAGCAGGUCCUUCCAGCUUAGUUGAAUAUCCCUGUAUGGGGUGGGAUACAUUAGGGUGAACUGUUACUGUUUCUGGUGUUGGUUAAGAAUGUUUAAAGGCAUCACAAGGGGAGUUGCUGAAUUAGAAGUCAUUUUAAGGACUCCAUUUCUGUUCUAACAGUUUUCUCAACUUUUGCCUUCCCAAGUUACGGAUUUCUGUUCUAAAUACAAAAAGUUCAUGCCACUUUUUAAUAUUAAAAACCUUAAAGUCAAAA